AUGGUACUCCUCUGUUUGUACAUAAUUGAAUUAACGGAAGCAGAAGAAGGUGGACUGGAACUGGUGGAUCCUUCAUGGUCAGCGGAACAAGAUGCGGAAACCGAAACAACUAGUGAAUUUGACGUUGCAAUGAGUGAUGUACGAUCGGAAUUCAGCGAAUACUCCACACUGUCCAGAAGUCUUUACGGUCCCGAAGAAGGACCACCACGGAAGAAAAUCAAAUCACCUCCUGUCAUAUCACCGACCGCAUCCUCCACCAGUUUGUAUAGCGGAGGUAGCAGCUCAAUCGACUGGACAACAACAGGAACUACACUUGACAUGCAGGGCACACGUGUCACCAGGACACAGUACGGAUUCAGAACGCUGCAGGAAUCGUCAGCUAAAAUGUGCCUUAAAGUUACCGGAUAUCCAUUACCCGAAAUCACUUGGUAUAAAGAUGAGCAGUUACUGCACGAAGAUGAAAGGCAUACAUUUUAUGCGGAUGAAGAUGGUUUCUUCGCUUUAACAAUUGAUCCGGUGCAAGUUGAAGAUACUGGCCGGUACACUUGCAUGGCAACCAAUGAAUACGGGCAGGCAUCCACGUCCGCAUUUUUCCGAGUUCUUAAAGUUGAAAAAGAAGCAGCACCACCGGCAUUUAUCACAACGCUACAUGAUCAGGAGGUGAAAGAGGGUGAAAUUGUAUCAUUCGAGUGUGAGGUAGAGGGAUGGCCGGAGCCGGAGCUGGUGUGGCUGGUUGAUGAUCAACCGCUUCGACCAUCACACGAUUUCAAAUUAGAGUAUGAUGGGCAGAAUGCUAAACUGGAAAUUCGAGACGCACAACCGGACGAUACGGGGGUUUAUACCGUACGGAUUAAGAAUGAUUAUGGUUCGGCAGAAUCAAAUGCAAAAUUAACGGUGCAACCAGAUCCGGACAAAAAUCAUGUGGCACCAGAGUUUCAGGUCUGCAUUUCAGGAUUUAGCUUGAUUUUAAGGUUUUAGCA